GGAGCUGCAUCUUGACCUGGAUGUCCCGUGGCACUCCGCCUGGCUUGCCGGGGACAUGCCGGGGUGGUAUUGUGUUUUAUUGCCGUCAGCUCGGCAGCAUCUCACCCUACUAAUUACUUCCCGUUGGCCUUAAAGAGGACCCAGGAAAAAUCAUAUCGGAGAAACACUUCAGUGUCUAGAAGUAUGGUGAUGAUCCCAGUGCACACAUUUGGAACAGCAAAUGCCUGUAUUUGCCAUGUCGGUGAUGAAAACCCGAGAGCAUUUGUCACGUGGUGUGUGGGGUAAGGGCCCAUGAUGUGCAGGGAAAUAGUGUGGAUAGAGGGGCAUAGCAGCCUGGGACAUUGGUGUUCCACCGCAUCGGGGCAUCGUGUCGUGUGCUAUUGACAGAGUUGGCAGUUCCGCACUUUUCCAUGGACAUUGUGAACAAUGCCCAGCCAGUGAAAUAUUUUCGAAGCUCCCGCUGGUAGAAAUGUAGUAUUGCCACCCGUGUGGAAGGGGGUGACACUUGAGUUUCUCCAUGUGCCCACACUUCUCUGGCGUAUCCUGGUGGGACUGCGUGGAGGAAUAACAGCUGCCACCAGGGAGGCUGAUGGACCACAAAUGGGUGGGUAUGAAAGGCACACAACACUGUUAGUGAGGUCGGCUGGCGAACUCAGUCUGGCUACUCACCCUGAAGUGUGGCUCUAGGGUGGGGGUGGUGGCUGCCCAGGAACGUGCUCCACAUCAAAGGUAAUUUUGGAGCACCAGAGCCUUCUGGGUGAACCAGCAUCGGAAAACAUUAGCUAUUUGGUGCACAAGGUAAGGUCGGAGUGGGUACCACACCGUUGCGAGGCACUCCUGCUCAUUCAUGUAAUAUAAUUCUGUGGGGCCGAACUUUGCCUGCCUCUCAUCACCGUCUUCCAGAUGUUACAGCCUCAAACCCAUGCUGUUUUGACAGGCAUUUGUCUCUAGAAGACGUGUUCUUAAGGGAACAGACAAAUCAGGGUGUGGCAUUCGACAGAACCUGCAUUUGACGAGUGAGAAGGCAUGUUCGACAGCUUUUUUCCACUGAAAUUUCACUUUUGAAGACAGAAAUCUGUCAUGAGGGACAGUGAUCAUAAAAAAGGGGGGGGGGGGGUGGGUUUACAGAUGAUAAUUUUACGUGAUAACGUCAUAAGAAAACAUUGAUGAAAAAUUGCAUACUUUUUAAUUUUAAAAUAUUAUUUACAAUUUUUGCAAAUUUAAUUUAAAUAAUUUUUUAAAUAUAAUCACGAACAAUUAGUUAAAAAGCCCGCCUUAACCUGUUUGAUAUCAGAGAAGAUUUUCUCGCACGUCGGUUGGCCGGUUCUUGCACGCUCGGCUCAGGCGGAACGUGACACUUUUUCGUGUGUGUAGCCGGCGUUCAUCGAUUUCUAAGACAUUAUCACGUCAAAAAAAAAAAACAGCUAUAAACUACAAAAUCUAAUUGAGCAGACCCAUCAGCUUCUGCAACUGUGGGGCAGGUUUCUCUUGAGUGAGGGCGAGCUGGUCUCGGAGGGGUGACUCCGCUCACAUUGCACUGGUUAGGUGACCCACGAAUUCUAGUUCCUUCUAACCUACGUGGUAAUUGUGACGCUGCAUACAAUCUACGCUGAUGUUUCGUGUUAACAUUAUGUGUCAGAUCCCAUCAGGUUCACAUUGUGCUGAUGUUUCCUUGUGUCGUCAGAGUUUGGAUACUUUGCAGAUUACAUUGUUUUGUGUAAUAGUUGAAGGUGACUGUGCUGCAGCAGCAGUAUGUGUCAUGUUAGCUCUUAACAGGGAGAGAGAGUGGCUGAUCCCAUAACUGUACACAGGGAAACAAUGGGUGAGUUUCAUCACCUGAUGCCACAACUUCUAGGAAGGUAAGUAGAGAUUUUUAAUGUACUUCCAUUUGACAAAUCAUGAAUUUUAUUGCUUAUUCAAUAUGGUUGCAACGAAAUUGAGGAUCUGUGAUAAUUCAGGAGUGUAUCAGUUGAAGAACAGCUUGCUUAAUGUUUAAGGUAACAUCACGAGAAAUGCUUUCAAUGUUUGUCAUUAUCUGCGAAUUCCUUAGUACAUCGUCCUGCAAUGUGUUUGGCUCAUUAACAGACACUGGUUGACUAGUAUUUUAAUCUUCAGUAGUUUCUUUAUGGUUGCAAACUUUAUCUUCAUCUUUAAGUCAGUGCACAGCCCAAACUUCCAAGUUAAAUGUAAUAAUUUUUACCAAAUCAUUAGAAGAUGGUAUACAAAUAUUAUUUUAUGUUCAAAAGGAUAUAUACAGGGUGGCCACCGACCCGGGAAAAACCGGGAAACCUGGAAAAAGUCUGGAAUUGGAAAGGACCCGGGAAAAAUCUGGAAAUAAUCUUGAAUUUUACUAGUCAUUAGGGAAAAGUUCGUUUGUGUGCCCCGCUUUUACACGCAGCGUCUGACUUGCAAGAAACUGCGUCGGCUUUAGUUUCGAAUUUAAUUAAUUUUUCAGCAGUUUAUUUACUAUAUCUAUGUGUUUUACGACUUAACGGGAAGUCAAAACAUUCAUUUUACGUAUUUGAAGACGUUCAUGUUUUCGUACCUGUACUUGUUCUAAAUGACUAACGAAAAAAAAAAAAAAAAUACUUUACCCAGGUCUACCACCAUAAACAUCGUUUCUAACAGUAAUACGCUCCACGAAUGCGUGGGUAAUACAAUGGUAGUACAUGAGUUUGAAUUCAGCAGUUGGUUGCAAUGAUCGGUCGUAGGAACCAAUGACAAAAUUAUAUGCGUUCUUAUAUUCUUAUUGGCGUAUUGCGCAGUUUUUUCGUUUGUGAGGUAUGAGGAGGGUUUAGAAGAUGGCGAUGGUGCGUCGAUUGUUUAGCGGAACACGAACGUGAAUAAUUUUUUGUUUGUAGUUUUUGGAAGCAUGAGUAUCUUGUAGCAGUGAAUGCAGGAGGGAGGUUAGGAUCAUGUCAACGAGAUAUUCCUGUCGCUAUGAGGUGGAGUUUCCGUGGGCCACCGAGGACCCUAAAGACAAAGGUAGCGCAAAGUGCAAGAUCUGUGCGAAAAGUUUUAAGUUUGAUACUAUGGGCAGAGGUGCCUUUUUAAGCCACGCCAAAUCGAAAUUUCACCAAAAUGCGAAGUCAUGCCAAGAUAGAAAUAUGUACGUUACUGCAUUUUUUUCCACUCAUCCUGGUCAACACCAUGAAGCUGUUCCGUCUUGCAGCAAAGGUAUUGCUGCACGACAUGAACAAGCGAAUCAUGUCGAUCCUGAUCAGAAGUCAUCUGUAGAUAACUUGGUAUCAACUAUCGAUACCAGCGAGACUCCAAAUCGAAAUGUUCUUCAAAGGUUCCUUUUGGGGGAACAUAUUACGAGGGCGGAAAUUUUGUGGGCUCUUCACACUAUUGUUGGUCACACAUCACUUCGUAAAGCAGCUGAAAGUGUAUCAGUCAUGAAACUCAUGUUUCCUGACUGUGCGGUCACUCAAAAAAUGGAGUUGCAGCGUUCGAAGAUUGGUUAUCUAAUUAACCAUGGCAUAGCUCCAUAUUUUGAAAAAGAAUUGAAGGAGCUGGUAAAAAAAUCAUCUGAAAUUGUUAUUGGUUUUGAUGAAAGCCUAAACAAGGUUGUUCAGCGUGAACAAAUGGAUAUACAUGUCCGCUUCUGGGAUGAAGAACUCAACAUGGUGCAGUCUAGGUAUUUCACGUCAGUUUUCCUAAGCUCUACUCGAGCCCAAGAUCUAUUGAAGGGACUCAAGAAUGUUUUAGGACAUGAAAAUUUGAGAAAAAUUAUUCAAGUGUCCAUGGAUGGGCCCUCUGUGAACUGGAAGCUAUCUAAGGAUCUAGUUACUGAAUUGCGUGAAGAAAUAGGUCGUGAAGGUUUUGACCUAAUCAACAUUGGCAGCUGUGGGCUUCAUGUUGUACAUGGUGGGUUUAAAGAAGGAAUAAAAGUGACAGGAUGGUGUGUAGUCGGGUUCUUAAGAGCGCUUUAUUAUCACUUCAAGGAUGUUCCUCUGCGGAGAGCAGAUUUCUCAUCUUGCACAGGUUGCACUGUAUUCCCCCUUAAAUUUUGCUGUGUGAGAUGGGUGGAAAAUAAGAAAGUUGCUGAAAGAGCUUAUGAACUACUGCCACAUAUGAAGACUUAUGUUGAAGCCAUCGAAAAGCAAAUAAAGGACAAAGUGAAACCUAAAGAUUCACACUUCAAACGAAGUUUUCCUGCUCUUAAAGAAUCCCAAAAUUUCAAGAUUAUUUGUAGUGCUGUAAAGGAUGAGAUGAUGGGUGCCAAACUGGCCUUUUUCACUGCUGGAGCAUCACUUGUAGAACCCUUUCUACGAGAAUUUCAGAGUGAUGACCCAAUGGCACCAUUCUUGCAUCAAGAACUUCAGGCACUCACAACCACUGUGCUUAAGAGAGUUGUAAGAAAAGAGGUUAUCGAAAGUGCUCAAUCAAUUACAAACAUUGACUUGUCGAAAAAUGAAAACCUUCUGCUGGCAAAUCAGGUGGACAUUGGUUUUGCAGCUACAGAUGCUCUGAAGAAGGUACGAGGUCAGCUUGCUGAGAAGGUUGUGCUACAAUUUAAAAAUGACUGUAGAUCAUUUUAUGUUGGCUUCCUUCAAAAGGUUCUGCAGCGUUCUCCACUUGCAUAUAGUCUUACUAGACAAAUCUCCUGUAUCAACCCUGAGUUGAUACGUAGUAAACCAAACCUUGCUGAGAAAAGAAUUAAAGCAUGCUUGGAACUUCUAGUUGAAAAGCAACAGAUCCCGGGGUCCACCGCUGACAAGAUUCUGCAAGAAUACCAAGAAUUUAUCCAGAUAGCUUCCGUGGGAGAAGCCAUGAAGUCUUAUCAUCGCCAGAAUCAGCGUCUAGAUUUGUUCUACGUGCAGGUUAUGGUGGAAUCUGGCAAAUCAUUUCCAAGUUUACUACUAUUUAUCAAGCAUUUGCUUAUUCUUUCCCAUGGAAAUGCUGCUUUGGAACGUGGUUUUUCCGUAAAUUCGGAUUGUCUGGUUGAAAAUCAAACUGAGGAUAGUCUUAUUGCACAAAGAAUUGUGUAUGAUGCUGUCAUGAAUUCUAAGGGUGUGCAACAUGUGCAAAUUACUAAAUCGCUUAUCCACUAUGCAAGGAAUUCUUGUGCGCGUUAUAAGGAGCAUCUGGAGAGUAAAAGAAAGAAGGUAGAGGCUGAAAAAAGUGAAAGGGACAAGAAAAGAGAAGCUCAAAAAAAUCUAAGGGAACUGGAGGCAAAAAAGGCGAAAAUAAUGAAUGAUGCCUUAAAAGAGGCAGCCCUCAUUGAUGAAGAAAUAAAAAAACUUUAAAUGGUUCAUGUGUGUGGAAAAGUGAGAAUUUUUGUAUCAGCGAUUUUAAUUUAAAUAAAAUAACACUUUAUAUCAAGAACACUUCAAAAUACUUCAAAAUGUUUUUGUAAUUUGUUCACUGAUUGGUGAGUAUUCUUGGUUUUAAUAAAUUCUUAAAGUGAUUAUUGUUAUAGUGUCCUUGAUGUCGGUAAACAACAUUAAUCAAAACAAUUGAAAAACUAUUUCAAAAUAUAUUUUUUUGCCACAUAUAUGUCAAUUUUUUUAAACCUGGAAAAUCUUAAGAAAACCUGGAAAAAUCUGGAAAAAGUCUGGAAUUUGGUUUUAAUAAUAGUGUGGCCACCCUGUAUAUAUAUAUAUAUAUCCUUUUGAACACACACACACACACACACACACACACACACACACACACACACACAUAUAUAUAUAUAUAUAUAUAUAUAUAUAUAUAUAUAUAUAUAUAUAUAUAUAUAGUGUGUUUGCC